UCGUGUUACAGUGAUAUAUUAUGUAAUUUUAUAUAUUAAAAUACAUAUUUCAUAGUAUUUAUUAUUAUAGUGAUAAUGUUCGUUAAUCGUUAUAGAAAUCAGAUUCUUAUAGCACUAUGUGUGUACCUAGGACAGAUGCUAUGUGGCUACGACAUCAGCUGGACGGCUCCAAUAAUUCCAAAGUUGAAUGACCCUGAGCAAUCUCCUCUGCCCCGACCUCCGACGAGCUUUGAGGCCUCCUUUAUGGCAUCUAUUAUAUAUGUUGCUGGGUUACCUAGUGUUCUCUCAAUGAGUUGGUUCUCAAACUAUAAAGGGCGGAAACCAGGUCUAAUACUCGCAGCUAGUUUUUCAACCGUGGGCUUCUUUUUACUAGCAUUAUCCACGAAUUUUAUAAUGGUCUUCAUUGGAAGGUUCAUUGCUACCUUUGGAGUGGGUUCCGCUUGCUUGGUCAAUAUGAUUUAUAUUGGUGAAAUUGCAUCAACUAAAAUCCGUGGAAUCCUUUUAACUGGAAUUGGAAUCAUACAGUCCUUGGGUUCCCUCCUCGUGUAUUCUGCAGGACCCUAUGUGUCCUACAGUUCAGUGUCCUAUAUAGCUGUGGGGAUAUCAAUUAUAUAUUUUAUUGCUGUCAUUUUCAUUCCUGAAUCUCCUGUUUUCUAUGCUAUUAAAGAUGAAGAUAAAAAAAUGAUCACAGUCCUUAAUCAACUUCAAAGGCAACAUGAAAUAAACGGUAUCAUAGAACUAAAGAAGGCUCAAAUAAAAACUAAUGAUCUAGAAGACUGGCGAGAGUUAUUUACAAUCAAAUGUAACAGAAAGGGUUUAAUAAUAACAACAGUUAUAAGUUCACUGAAUUAUUUGAGUGGUGUUCUUGUUGUUUCCUUUUUUACUACGUCAAUAUUUGAAAUGGCUGGGUCAUCUAUUAAGCCAGAAAUAGCUACUAUAAUAAUUGGAUGUACUCAGUUAUUUGGGAGUACUCUUGCUCCGUGUUUUGUGGAGAGAUCUGGUAGGAGAUCGCUUUUAUUGGUUUCGACGGCGUUGAGCUGUUUAAGUAUGAUAAUCUUUGGGACUUACUUUUAUUUACUUCACAUAGAACACAGUGUAAUACUUUAUAUAAAAUGGCUUCCUUUAGCAGUGUUGGUGUUGUUUUUCUUAAGUAAUAAUAUGGGAUUUGGCGUAAUCCCCAGCACUCUAACCGGCGAGAUGUUCAGACCAAACGUCAGGAGUAAAGGAACUGCUAUCGUCAUCUCUGUAUCCUGGGUAUUCGGUUUCACAGUGGCCACAAUCUUCAACUCAAUAGCUACCCAACUGGGAGCCUAUAUCAUGUUCUGGUUCUUUAGCAGUACGUGCGGUAUGGCAUUUUUGUUCACCUUCUUUUGUAUACCGGAGACAAAAGGCAAGAGUUUGGUCGAGAUUCAGGAAAUGUUGAGUAAAUGAUCUGUGUGGAGUUUGUUUGUUAUUUGUUUUAAUUUUGAUUGUGAGCUUGGUAUUUGAAUAAAAAAUUUUAAAAACUAAA